UUUUCCUUUUUUUAAUUUCAGAAACUCUUGCAAAACACAGACCAAAAGUGAGACGGUUCACUGUCUGCCACCCCUGCAGCCAUGAGCAAUAACAGAACAGACCACACCACUGGCUACCUCUCCUCUGCUGUAGCAAUCGUCCUCUUUGGAUCCAACUUUGUACCACUUAAGAAAUAUGACACUGGUGAUGGGAUGUUCCUUCAAUGGGUGCUCUGUGCUGCCAUUUGGCUGGUUGCCUUGGUGGUCAACUUGAUACUUCGAUGUCCUAAAUUCUGGCCUUUUGCGAUGCUUGGUGGCUGCAUUUGGGCAACAGGGAACAUUGCUGUCGUCCCAAUUAUUAAAACCAUCGGCUUAGGUCUUGGAAUCCUAAUCUGGGGAUCGUUUAACACCUUAACUGGCUGGGCAAGCUCAAGGUUUGGCUGGUUUGGGAUGGAUGCAGAAGAAGUGUCCAAGCCGAUGCUGAAUUACCUUGGAGCCGGGCUGUCAGUAGUAAGUGCGCUCACAUUUUUGUUCAUCAAAAGUGAAAUUCCGAAUAACUCAUGCAGUGCAGACACCACACCACUGAUGACGGAGCCUGUGAUCAAUACAACCAAAGACUCCCGUGCAGAUUCCUCCUGGGUAGACAGACUUUCUACCAAGUACCACCGCAUUGUGGGCUGCAGCCUUGCAGUAAUAUCUGGAAUACUCUAUGGAUCUACGUUUGUGCCAAUCAUUUACAUCAAAGAUCACAGCAAAAGAAAUGACAGCAUCUAUGGAGGUGCAAGUCAGUACGAUUUAGACUACGUUUUUGCACACUCCAGUGGCAUCUUUCUGACAAGCACAGUGUACUUUGUGGCCUAUUGUGUAUCCAUGAAGAACAGGCCAAGGCUGUAUCCAGAGGCAGUCUUGCCAGGCUUCCUGUCAGGGGUGCUCUGGGCUGUCGCCACCUGCUGCUGGUUCAUAGCCAACCACUCGCUAAGCGCCGUGAUCAGCUUUCCAAUCAUCACUGCUGGUCCUGGACUUAUCGCUGCACUGUGGGGUGUCUUCAUUUUCAAGGAAAUACAGGGUCUCCGGAACUACUUACUGAUGGCACUUGCAUUCUGCAUCAUCUUGACGGGGGCCUUGUGCACCGCUUUUUCCGAAAUUUAACUAUUCACAGUAAGAGCAGCAGAGGGCGCGAUCGGCUAGGAGACUGCCUCUCCCGCGCAGGCUGAUGCUGCGGACUGCUAUGCUGUCUAGCAUUGGACCUCGCCACUC